GAUUGUGGAAAGAGAUUCACCUCAUCAGGCAUUACAAUUCAUCAGAGAAUCCACACAGGAGAGAAACCUUUUAGCUGUACUCAAUGUGGGAAGAGUUUUACUCAGUCAACCAGCCUGAAAUCACACCAGAGAAUACACACAGGAGAGAAACCUUAUAGCUGUGAUCAAUGUGGGAAGAGUUUUACUCAGUCAACCAUCCUGAUAUCACACCAGAGAAUACACACAGGAGUGAAACCUUAUAGCUGUGCUCAAUGUGGGAAGAGAUUCACCUCCUCAAAAGUUGUUAAAGUACAUCAGAAAAUCCAUACAGGAGAGAAACCUUUUAGCUGCUCUGACUGUGGAAAGAGUUUUCUUCUCUCAGGACAAUUAAAAUCACACCAGAGAACACACACAGGAGAGAAACCCUGUAGCUGUGAUGAAUGUGGGAAGAGUUACACUACAUUUAACAAUCUGAUGGUACACCAGAGAACACACACAGGAGAGAAACCUUAUUGCUGUGGUCAAUGUGGGAAGAGUUUUACUCAGCCACAGACCCUGAUAUCACACCAGAGAACACACACAGGAGAGAAAUCUUAUAGCUGUAGUCAAUGUGAGAAGAGUUUUACUUGGCCUCACACCCUGAUAUCACACCAGAGAACACACACAGGAGAGAAACCUUAUAGCUGUGAUCAAUGUGGGAAGAAUUUUACUCAGUCAAGCCACUUGAUAUCACACCAGAGAACACACACAGGAGAGAAACCUCAUAGCUGUGCUCAAUGUGGGAGGAGUUUUACUACAUCUAGCCAGCUAACUACUCACCAGAGAACACACACAGGAAAUAAUCCUUAUAGCUGUACUCAAUGUGGGAAAAGUUUUACUCAGUCAAGCCACCUGAUAUCACACCAGAGAACACAUACAGGAGAGAAACCUUAUAGCUGUGAUCAAUGUGACAAGAGAUACUCUGAUAAAAGAUAUCUGAUUAAACAUCAGAAAAUACAUGCAUGAAGGAGUUUUUUUAUUAUAUCAAACAUUGUAGGAGUAUUUGGUUGCUGAUUGUCUCAAGGGUGGGCAGUCAAAAGGUUUUGUUUUGUUUUUAGCCAGUGCAUCACAAUUUAU